UUUUUUCCUUCAGUAAAUAACCAGUGUCGUGUAUAUGUAAAAAAAAUAAUACUGUUGUUUUGACCGGCUGGGAAUCAUGGCGGCGAGGAAACUGACGACUGGAUUGACUGGUUUGGCUGUGGCUACCAGUCCGCAUCAUACAUUGGGUGUUCUUUAUGGCAAGAUCCUGAGAUGUCUGCAGAAAAUGCCAUCUGAUUCUGCCUACCGGCGAUACACAGAGCAGAUUAUAAGCGAUAGGAACAAUCAUGUGAAAACGGUACGUGAGCUUUGUGAGAGUUUGAGUUAUAUCUAUAAUACACUCAUAUGUCUUGGAUAA